AUGCUGCUUCGGGAACUUACAUGCGACCAUGUUACGCAGUGGUUCUGGACUGAUAGUAGUGUGGUCCUGGGAUAUAUUGGGAACGAUUCUCGGAGAUUUCAUGUAUUUGUGUCCAAUCGCGUAAAACAGAUUCGGGACCACACAGAGCCAUCUCAGUGGAAACACGUCAGCACUAGGAACAACCCCGCUGAUGUUGCGUCUCGAGGUGCAACGGCUGACGAUUUGGUGAAGCAUACAAAUUGGUUAAGAGGACCAGAAUUCCUUUGGAAAAACGACCCCUUUGUAGAAUGUGAUAUUUUGGACAAACCCGUUCUUUCCCCGGAUGACCCAGAGGUUAAGAAGGUUCAAGUGUUUGACACGGUGGUUGAGCCAGCUAGUGAAGGUUCAUUACUGGACUGCCUGGAAUAUUUCUCCGAUUGGACGAGAGCCAAGAGAGCAGUAGCUCUGUGCUUGGAAUUCAAACGCAUGUUGAGGACCAGGUCUAUUCGGAGGCGAAAUGUGUCCGUAGAGGACCUUCAGAAUGCAGAGGUGGCUAUUGUCAAGCUUGUUCAGGAAAAUGCCUUUAAGGAGGAUAUCGAGCUUCUUCGUGCCUCCGAGAUGUCUUCAGAUAACUGCGAUCAGAAACGGAAAUGUCGUCUCAAAGGUACAUCGUCUCUGUGUGGUUUGGAUCCGUUCCUCGACGAAAGGGGAAUUCUGCGAGUCGGUGGACGUAUUCGACAGGGUGAAUUUAGUACCGAAAUGAAGCAUCCUGUCAUUCUCCCCAGGAAGGCUCAUAUCACUGAGCUUGUGGUUCGUCAUUUUCACCAGAUUGUGAGGCACCAAGGACGUGGUAUAACCACAAACGAAAUUAGAGCCAAUGGCUUCUGGAUUAUCGGAUGCAGCUCUGCUGUUUCGAGUUGUAUCUACAAAUGCGUAACAUGUCGCAAGCUGCGAGGCUGCUCUCAGGGUCAGAAGAUGGCUGACUUGCCUGCAGAUAGACUGCAGUCUGAACCUCCAUUUACGUUUAGUGGAAUGGAUCUCUUUGGUCCCUUCUACAUCAAGGAAGGCCGAAAGGAGUUGAAGAGGUACAGUGUUCUAUUUACGUGCAUGUCGAGUCGUGCCAUCCAUCUGAAAACGGCAAACUCUCUGGAUACCAGCUCGUUCAUUAAUGCACUAAGAAGAUUUCUCUCUAUUCGUGGUCCAGUAAGACAAUUGAGAUCGGACAGAGGAACAAAUUUUGUGGGUGCUGAGCGCGAGCUCAAAGAGGUUCUUCUGGAACUUGAUGAUCAGGCGCUUCAGCGGUACCUCUCCGACAAGGGUUGCGAUUACAUUGGCUUCAAGAUGAAUGUACCCUCCGCUAGCCACAUGGGUGGUGUAUGGGAGAGACAGAUCCGUUCGGUCAGGAAUGUUCUUGCGUCGUUGAUGCACCAGUCUAGUUCCCAGUUGGACGACGAGACCCUUAGAAUCUUCUUGUGUGAAGUUUCGCUAUAG